AUGUCGAUACCUCACGUCGAGGUUCAGAGGGCCACUGCGGCGGACGCCAGCGGCCCGCGGAAGAGGCGGAAACGUACGCCCGCCGCAGGAGCAGCUGCCGAUUGCUUCACAUGCACCACCCGAAACCUCAAAUGCGAUCGACGGAGACCUUACUGCUCCCAAUGCCUUGACGACGGGAAGGAUUGUGCUGGUUACAAGACACAACUGACAUGGGGCAAUGGCGUUGCCAGUCGAGGGAAGCUGCGCGGACUGUCUUUGCCAAUCGCUGGUGCACAAAAGAUUGCCACACCUGGCCUGGCAGGAAAAGCAAAGGGAAGAACGUCGCCGCAGCGACACACGCCAGAGCGUUUAGCCAACGAGCAACCUCGGUCGCGGUCGGAUCGACUGAAUGUCCCCUCGACCCGCGACGUCGAUUCCAAGCCUCCAACAGAUGGAUUUAAUAUGUUUCAAUUCAACCAGUCCAGCGGCUCCAUUCCAAUAACUACAUCCUUCAGCCCCAGGUCAUGGGAGCCAUUGAUUGCGGCGGGCCCCUCAGCCUCAAGUAGAGGCCCUGGAGAUUCGCCGGCCUCAUCAUACCAGACAAGGUCUUCGCAUCCUCCUCUGCUCUCACCACUCGAUGGCUUCAGUUUCCCCUCAACCCUGCAGCCAAAUAUCGGUCAUGGCGGCAUGGACCGUGUCUCGCCUGCAUCCUACGCAUGUCCCUCACCAGAAAGCGCUUAUUUUGGUCGAGUCCUGGACCAUAGCUCGACAGGAGAUCCCGAUUCGCUGUCUACUGGAUUUCCUCCUUAUCUGAGUCAUUACGACCAUGCUUUCUCUUCGAACCGGCAAUACCAGCUCUACCAAGGGCAAGAACCGUUUCUCAACCAGAGUAAUACCUAUGCACCACCGCUACCGCUGGAGGAUCCGAAAUCGCCGUUGGAGCGACAUGAUGGUCUUGGAGGGGAAAUUGUCGAGGAGGUCGAGCGCAAUGGCCUCGACGACGGGUGCGCCGUAAUUGAGGACGACACUAUACGUGGCCUUGGAAUUGUCCCACUCGACUACAGCCUGCCGCUGUCCCCCUUUGCAGGUAUGGACGCCGUAGGAGCAACCCCCCGAAUGAGAUACCUCAUCAAAUAUUAUAUCGAGGUCAUCUGUCCCGUGAUCGUUGCAUUUGAUGGGCCGUCAAAUCCCUACAGGUCGCAUAUCCUUCGACUGGCGGCCAGGAGCGACACGCUGCAGCAUGCGAUAUCUGCUCUAUCGGCCAGCAAUAUGAGGCGCCGGCGAGAGACUGGAGCCCUGUCCACCGGCAAGACUGCCCCAGCAAGAAGGUCAUCAAUGGCUCAUUUGACGCUGACGGAGGGAGCCUUGCAUGAUAUGGGCCUGUUCUCUGUGGAGGAACAGGUACGAGAAGAGUCGAUGCACAAGGUGCUUGCGAUUCAGGCCUUAAACCAGCAACUCGGCGAUCCUCUGCUGCGGAAGGACGAUUCAGUUUUAGCCACGCUUCUGAUCUUGUGUCUGUUCCAUAUUUGUGAUUCCGGUGUGGCAAAGUUUCAGACACAAUUUGCAGGUGUCAAGAAGCUUCUCGGCCUACGGAAGAAUGAGAUGGGCUUAAACACCAACACCACGGAGACCAAGUGGUUCACAAGAAUGUUCACCUGGUUCGAUGCAAUGACUGCUACAGUCAACAAUCGUGAAGGACAACUUCAGGGUCACCACCUCGAAGUCUCAGCUUGUUCGGACGAGGAAUGGGCACUCGAGAAUCUUGCCGGUUGUGAUGGCCAGUUGUUCAAGACAAUCGCCAAACUAGGAAGACUGAAUGUUCUAAGUCAGGGCAAGCCCGUGGAAGAAACGCAGAUGCUUGUACCUCGGCCAAUGCCGCGAAAGCCUCCUGCUAUGCAUCUCAAUUAUAAUAACUUUGACGGCAACGGAUGGAUGCGCCUGAAUGAGGACGAGCAACUAUAUACGACCAGGACCGCAGAUCCCGAUGUCCAGGCACAAUUUUGGCGCGAGUGGCGGGAAAUCCGACAAGCGCUACAAACCUGGGAGCUGGACACCACAAUGUUCGACUCGUUCAGCUCCGAAGCUCCAUAUCUGACACUGGAGCAGAGACUGGAUCUUGCCAACAUCUCGGAAUCGUUUCGUUACGCGGCCCUGCUGUACACGGAGCGCCUGGCAAAUCCGACCGUCCCAAGUACCGACCCCUCCAUGAGGGAUUGGGUCCAGAACUGCCUCACACACAUAAAAGCGGUGAAAUCGGACGUCUAUCUCCUCUGGCCGCUGUUCAUCACCGGCAGCGAAUGUGUGGACGAUCGGGACCGCGACGUCAUCCGCCAGCGUUGUCUGGACAUUCAGAAGGACAGCGGAUUUCUCAAUAACAAGAGUUGUCUCGAGCUUUUGGAGAAGGUGUGGCAACGCAAUGAUGAAAUGGCUAGAAACCAGAAGGCUCAGUCAAGAGCAGACCUAAGGAAGCCAGAGGGGGAAGGUGGGUUCAAAUUCACGACGAUCAUGAGGCUUGAGGGUAAUGAAGGGGAGUAUAUAGUGGUCUGA